AUGCACCCCCGAACACCAAAGCGGAAACCUGCCGUCGUCAUGACUCAAGCCGGCUACGCCAACCCCAUCGACAUGACGACCAGCGCCUGGAGCAUCCCCGCGCCCGCGCCCACGGCGCCCAUGCACCCCAAGGUCCAAGCAUGCGCCAACGAGAUGCGUCGUGUGCUCGAGCUCAACAAGGCUUCGGUCGAGAAGACGAUGCGAGGCAACUACGAGAAGCUCCUGCGGUCCAUCGACGCCGAGAUCGAGGAGACGAUCCAGAAGCUCGAGCUCUUCCAGCAGGUCAACAAUGCCAUCUACGAGAAAUGCACCAAGCGAUUGAAGCGCUUGGCUGACGUGGCUGCCGACGAAAUGGAGGAAGUCCAAAAGCUACACACCCAGAUCUUCAAGGAUACCACGCAAGUGUUCGACAAGGCCAAGCAAAAGAGCCUCCGCGACUUCAAGGCCGAAGCCGACAAGAUCCUGCAAACCGUCAAGUAG